AGAAGCCAGACAUCACUUCCUUCAUCCACAAGCCCGCCGAGCACCUGCGUGAAAUCCUUGGGCUCCUGACGCAGGUGUACACUACGUCAGCAGGUCACCCCCGACAACGCUCACCUGGACGCCGUGCUUGACCGCCUUAAGUCAUGCUACCGAGGCGUCACCAGUCAGCAGAACAUCAUGGAGCCAUCGCCCCCUGCUCCCCUGCCACCCCCGACCGCUCUUCAGACGCCCCCGCUCACCACCACAUCCAGGCCCGCCGCCCCCUCCGCCCUCCGCUCAUCUCCGUUGCGGACAUUGAACAGCGGCUCGUGUUCACCAAGUUCACGCAGCCUUUCCGCCUCAACGAUGGCAAGAGGCAAUGGGUGUUUGGUGGGGAGCUGUACAAGUUUGAGGGGCGUCAUCUGAAGCAGUACUGGGCGAUGCUCUUCACUGACUUGCUUCUCUUCACCAAGAUCAACAGAGACCGUGUUAUUUUUGUGAUGGAAGACCCUGUCCCCCUUGCUUCAGUGUGCCAGGCGAUUUUCAACGUGAAGAAGAAAGCUACCGAGUUCCGCCUCAUAGUGGACAUUGGAGUGAGAGUGCCGGGGUCCGAAGCGGGGUAUCUCAACUCUCCCUCCACCACUCGCCGCCGCCGGGGCUCCACCACCUCCACCUCCUCCUCGGGGCGCGCCAACAAGAGGACGUUGGUCAUCCGCGCCCCCACCAUUGACCUCAAGGCGACCUGGAACAACCUCAUCAACCGCCAGCUGUACGAAUGUCAGCUGGGUGCCUCCUCCCCUCUCUCUGACUACGGGACCAGUCUGGCUCGAGCCGCCUCCACGGACGGGGUCCCUGCUAUCUCUCCGGCCUCUAGUCGGUUCAGCAGCUCCGUCGGGGACCUGCGUCGCGGCGGCGGCCAGGAAGAGGGCGUGCUGGUGGUGGACCUCGGGCAGGGGCGGGCCAGAGGGCCGCCCGCCGCCUCGUCCUCGUCUACAUCGUGCUUCAAGUCUCGUAAACUUCAGAUCCGUCAAGGGGAGGUGGAGGAAGAAUUGGAGUUGGCCGACGAGGAUGAUGAGUACUCCGCUCCUCUUCGCCCCUCCAGUGCGCCCGUCUCGCCCCCCAUCUCGGCCCCUGUCUCGGCUCCCGUCUCUCCACCGACCACCGCCCCGCGUGUGAAGCUCACUCCUGCUACUCCACCUGAGUUUCAGUUUGUAGUGGAACAUGACGACCCCCGGACUGCCCCGCGGAGCAUCAAACCGUCGAAGGCGGCCAAGGUGAAACGCGGCAAGGGUGGCGGAGGACGAACUGGCGGCGGUGGCCGAAGUGGAGGCGGCGGCAGGAAACGAGGCUCCCGGCCAGGCAGGAGCGGCGGCGGCGGGAUUGUCACCGGCCCCGUGGAGGAGGUGAUUUUGAACCUGGACAGCGAGCAGCCGACAGCCGCUGCGCCCCUGGUGAGAGGGGCGAGCGGCGACAACAGUGCCUUAGCCAACCACCAUCCUGAGGACGCCGAGGUGUUUGAGGACGAGGAGAACGAGGAGCAGUACGAUGACGAGGACGAUGAGGAUGAUGGCAUUGUGAUCGAGGACGACAAGACUGGCCUCAAGAGCCGCCUGGCCCCCAAGAAGACGCUCGGCGGCAAGGUGAAGGACAAGCUGUUCCCCAACAGACACCUGCCCAAGGUGAAGAAGAUGGACCGCGCCAAGAAGGUGGAGAAGUACGUGGACUCCCUAGUGGUGGAGGACCUGAACCACCGGGGCCGCGUGACCCCUGUGCUGCCUGGCGAGGACCGCCUCACACAUGAGGACUUCACGCGCACCAGAAAUCGCAUCUUGCAGACGCGGCCCAAGAAUUUCCACGAGGGCGCCGAGGAAAUCAUCACUCUGGAGUCACCGCCUCCCCCACGUCGCACGGAGGUGGACCUGAGGGCCGAGCAGGGCGCCAGGAGGAGCGAGAUGAGGCUUGAGGGCAUCGAUGACGUGCCGCAGCGGCCCCCGGUGCUGGCCCAGGACAGCUUCACCGCGCCCGCCACCGUGCUGUCGCCGGAGGAUUACGAGGACUACAUUGGAGAGCCCGUGGAGAAAGACUACCCGGAGCUGGCGGGCCCCGUCGAGCCGCCCAGACCCGCCACGCCUGUUUCCCCCCCACCUUCCCUACCGCCCCAAGACUCAUUUGAUUACGCCCCUCAAGAACCUGUCGCCCCAGAGCCCGAGGAAAUCCCGCAAUACUACAGCGAGGAACCCCCGCCCGCCCCCGAGCCCGCCCCGCUGGCCGUGGAGGAGACCACGCCCUCAGGUCCUCUCUCAGGAUCAGCCUCGAUGAACUUCAUGGACGACCACAGCCCCACCAACGGUAACGGUGACUUCUACCGCCGCUGCGUAGCAAGAUGUCCCCGCCAGCCCCCCAGACCCGCCUGCGGUAGUUUUAGCCUAGCCUCCUCCAGUAGCCCCGUCACCACCCCCAGCGGCUGUAGUAGAGGGUUGCCGCGUAGUCCCCCAAUCCACCUCCUGAACAAUAACGAAAGCAUUAAUAGUUUCGCUAGCCACUUUAGGACUAGUUGCGUGGCGAGUAGUGACCUUGUGAGUGGCGGUGAGAAGCGGCCAAAGAGGACCGUGAGUGUGAGUAGCUCCUCCGCCAACGACUCCUCCAGGAACAACAGUACAAGUGCUUCUGAACACAGUAGUAUGUCUAUAAGUAGUGCGUCGAGUAGUGUGUCGAAUGUUAACAAAAACAGAACCAAGCUCUUUCUGCCGACGAGUACAACGAGUUUGCCAGAGAUCUCAGUAGAGCCCCCCACCCCCCAGGCGCCCAAGCCCAAGGACGUCAUUGAUCGCGAGAACAAGAUCAAGUACGACCUGCUGGUGCCGGGUUACCGCAGUAUGUUCCUCACCGUGCCCGGCGUGGACGACGACUGUAGCGAUAGAUUCCUCCCUAAGUAUUCCCUUGACAGCGACGAUGACGAUGACAGUAGUAGUGAGGAAGACGAUGACGUUGUUCAUAAACCAAAGGUUUUGGGCUCCCUCACAGGUCUGGCGGAGGGCCGCGGCCUGAAGCGGUACGGCAGCAGCUGCGACAUCGCCAAGCUAGCAAAGGGCUUCCCUGAGGAGGAAGCGUACCAACAGUACACCCAGAACGACUACUGCGAUGACGACUACAACGGGAACUUCAACGCCAACCACCGCAUGUCUAAGGUUGGCGGCACGGGGUCCGGCCCCUUCGUGGCAGGUAAGCUGGCCAUGUUCGAGAAGGUGGUGGAGGAGGAGCACCAGAAGUUCAUUGAGGGCCAGGAGGUGAGGAAGAGAAUCUUCCGCGCGCCAAGGAAGAGCGGCGAGUACAUCGAGAAGUUCUACAGCCCACAGGUCAUCAGCAGCGUCGACGCGCGUGCCAUCGACAGGAACCAGAGUCCUCCCUACGAGGACGAGUACGACAACCUGGACCACUCCAGACCCUGCACGCCCCGGGAUGUGGAGACGCCCUACGGGGGCCACACCAGCCCGCGCCGCACCUCCACCUCCAACUACACGUACCGCUCCUCAGACUCCAGCAACGUGUACACCAGCAAGCCCUCCUCCCCUCUGCCGCGCGCCACCUCUCCGCCCACCAAGCCCAUCUCACCCCCUCUGACAAGCAGACUCUCUUCCCCCAGAGCCAGAUCCCCCUCCCCCGUGGCCAAGUCCCCCUCUCCCGUGGCCAGGUCUCCCUCCCCAUCAGGCAGGUCUUCCUCCCCAUCAGCCAGGGCCCCAUCCGCAGCGGCCAGCAGCAACUACCACGAUGACUAUGACUUGUACCCAGAGAGGCCAAUGUCGCCCACCUCCACCUUGUACAAAGCUGAGACGCGCCAGGUGACGCCCGCUCACGGCGGCAUCAGGUUAGGCUCCGGCAGCGAGCCCAGGACUAGCCCAGACGCCGGCAGGCAGCGACUCGGCUACCAGGAGAGUCUGGAGCAGCGCACUGACGAGGUGCUGGAGAUGUUGGAUAUGAGUUACCUGGACGAGGCGCCUGCACCCUCACGCCACUCACGCUCCUCUGCCUCGCCUCCUCCUGCAGCACGUGGUCGGGAGGAGGUGACCAGGAGCAGCGCGUCGAGGUCACCGCCACCUGACCUCUCCUUUGACCAACUGGAUGACGUGUUCGAUAUUGAGGAGGAGGACGUCAUGGGCUCCACUACAUCACUUGGGCAGAAAAAGCGCUCCGCCCCCCGCCCGCCCACGCCUCCACACGGGGCUGCCGCGUCGCCCCCAGCCGAGGGUAAACUAGGGGCGUUCUUCAAGGGGAAGCUGGGUAAGGACUCCUCUGCCCCCAAAGAGAAGAAGGAGAAGAAGAAAGACAAGAAAGAUAAAGGCAAGGACAAGGAAAAGAAGGAGAAGGUGAAGAAGGAGGAGAAAGGAGCAACGGGAGGCGCCGCAGGAGGGAAGAGGUUCCAGCUUUUUGGUGGCGCCAAGAAAGCAAGCGAGCCGCAGAGCCCAACUCAGGACAGCCCCCAAGCCUCCCCGAAGAAGGACAAGGGUGGAGGUAAACGCCGUCUCUUUGGCCGCGGCAAAGAAAACUUCCUGGGCCGCUCUCCCCAGGUGCAACAGACCUCCGACCCGCAGGUGGCACGCAUGACUGGUGGUUCCUUUGAUCAAGAGUCCAUCAGUUUUGAAGAUGAUGAGUACAUAUGAGCGAGGCGGAGGAGGAGAAACACUUGAAGAGAGAAGAAAAUAUGCUGUCGUUCAGGAGAAACUAAGAUAUAUAUGGAAGGAAGAGAGAAGGAAGGAAGGAAAGAAGGAAGAUACAAUGAAAUGCAGCCUGUAAUGAGAACUAGGGAAAAGAAAAGAAAGGGAAGAAAAUGAAGUUACGAAAGAUUGUUACGACAAAUUUCAGCCGUCAAGGAAGAGAGGAACUAGAGGAACCAGAAAAACAAACGAAGGAUGGACGAAGAAAAGGAGAAUUGAGAAGGAAGGAAGGAAAAGGAGACGCGGCUACUUUUUUGACGCGAAGAGGAAAACAAGCGAAGGAAAGGUGAAGGUAAAUGGAUGGUGAAGAAAAGGACGUAACAUAAACAAUUUAAGGUUAAUUGUUUGUUCCGCAGUGUGUGUGUGUGUGUGUGUGUGUGUGUGUGUGUGUGUGUGUUGUACGUUAUUGUGUUCAAGCGUCCUUCCUCCUUCACACACACACACACACACACACACACAGAGAGAGAGAGAGAACACAAACACAGCUUUACAUAAAAGGAAGGUGGAAUGUCAACAAGAGGAACAGAAAGAAUCAAAUCUUAUAAGCCUCCAUCAAAAGACGCUUAGAACCUACAAAUGAUCUGUUUAUGAUAUUGGAUCCCCCAUAGAGACCCCGCACCUCCGUGAUCUCUUUGUUGUCAAAAGUUUAGUGUGUGUGUGUGUGUGUGUGUGUGUGUGUGUGUGUGUGUGUGUGUGUGUGUGUGUGUGUUUUCUUUAACUGGCUUAAGGUGUUUCACUUAUUUGUGUACAUAACAUGAUUUUGGUGUUUAUCUUUAACCCUCUUAGCAGUCUUUACCUUCUUCCCAUGCGCCUCGUCCCCUUAGCAGGAGUAAGGGUGACGUGAGGUGACGCUUGAUCAACGGAACGAGGGAACUUAGUAUUUACGGCACUAAUAAACUUAAUGCCUGUAGUCACUCCUCCCACGACCCUGAACAUGUAAGGGUAAACAUGUAAGGGUGAUGCAGAUGUGACGGUUCUGUCUCGUAACCUGACACCGGCGGAUGAUGCUGUGACGAUUGGUGACUAUAACGCCAGUGGUAUUGAUGCUGUAGUGACGUAGGUGGUUCGUAAGGAGCAAGGCGGUGUGUGAUGACCUCCUCGCCAGACUCUCUUGUAAAGGUUGAUCUUCAUUAUUAUCAUACUUGUAAUCCCCUCAUUUCUCCCUCUUCCAUUUCCUCCCUCCCUCCUCCGCUCCCCGAUGGCUGCAGUGAGGCGCCGCAUUCAAGGAGCACUGCUUGCCUCGUAUAUGUUAAUUAACGCGAGUAUAUUAUUAUUAUUCUCUCGCCAGUUUCGUUGUGUAUUGAAGAUGAUUUUCUCAAUUAUCACGUCUUGUUCUUUGCAAUUUAAUUUCCCUGACAUUCCACACGGGGCCAGGUGUGUGAAGUGAAGGCAGUGCGGGGUGUGAUUCCAUGCGUGGUUGCAGAGUUACAUGCAUUAUUACUAUGUUGAAAGGAAGGGUUGCUGUGUUGAAGAAGACUGGUUCAUUCACAACCCAGUGCCGAGUGUCAUGCAGCGCGGCAAGGUCACUGCGGCGGUGCUGUGUAAUGCUACUGUGGUGCCUGCGCAGGAAAGGGAAGAAAAGUAGCGGUGCUCGUCCGUUUUAGCAGCCAUCAAAGAUUUACGGGUCAUCCGGCCAACUGACAUUUCCUGGCCGGCGCUUCCUUGCCCGGCACACGACGCGCUAAGCAGACCAGGAAUAGAAUGAGGCAGCGUGAUGGCUUGGCUUGGAAUGGUCGCUCGUGUGGACCUGUGAGGGAGAACACUUGAGGUGGGUGUAAUCAGGAAAACCCGUAAGAACAUAAGAAAUAAGGGAAGCUACAAGAAGCGAUCAGGCUUACACGUGGCAGUCCCUGUAUGCAAUAUACCUACCUAUUUCCACCUAUCAUCCCCAUCCAUAAACCUGUCUAAUCUUCUCUUAAAGCUCCAUAAUGUCUUAGAACUAACAACAACCGUCCGUUCCACUCAUCUACCGCUCUAUUUGAGAACCAAUUUCUUCCUCUCUCUUUCUUAAACCUAAAUUUUUCAAGCUUGAACCCGUUAUUUCUUGUUCUAUCCUGGUUGCUGAUCCUAUCGUAGCCAUCGUACACACACCACAAGGACGCUGAAACUCAACACUCCACACUGCCAGCCAUAACGAAAUGUGGAUGAAAACACACGCCUUGCAGUCAUUACCUUAUAUUAGAGUAAUUUUCAAGGGCGUAAUUGAACCAGUUAACAUUACUUAGUGCUAAAAACAACAACAGAUCAGCGAAUGAAUUACGUAGACUCCUUAACAGCGCAAUUUAACCCUAACACCAUUUCCUUGUCAACGAAAUUAAAGUCGCCGCAAUUACCUGAAUACUCUAAAUUUUUAAAAAAACCCUUACCUGGAAAAACAAACAAACACAAAUUGUACAUCGUGAAAGAACGCAGCGGAAUGACAGGACAAUUAUUCCCCUCGCUUUCACUUCACUCACCUGCCCCUUCCCUCUCUACUCACCUGCCCGUCCCCUGCACUGAGCGGCGCGUGCUUCCACUGAGGCUUAUGUGAAAUAUAAACCUUUAAGCAGGAAGAAAUAUAGGUUUUGUUGCCGUUUUUUGUUGAGUUUCUCUUUAUAACCCUUAGUUUAUCCCACCAACACUUUAAAAGUUAUAUGUAUUGUGUAUCAUUUUAUUUAUGUAUGCCCUCUGAUAUACGUGUUCCUUAUCCUCUCCCUCCCUCUCCCAGUCCCUCAUCACCUAUGGAUAAAAAUGUCCUUAUCUCAUCAACUUUCUUGUAUACAUCAACUUAUGUAUAAAAGUAUAUAUUAAAGGCCUCGUGAGCCUUAUACAUAUUAUACAUAGAUUUAACGAGGAUUUUUUUCCAAUCUAUUUAUUCAGGUUUUGUCGUAUUUGUAUGCUGUAAGUACAUAGGUGUAAGUUAACCUCAUGUAUAUAUGUAUGUCUCGUAUGACACGCCUCUGCCUUCCUGUUGCAUUGUUGAAGUUAAUACUAAUCAUACAUACACUUCUCGACCGAUCUGCCCGCGCCGUUUGGAUUUUUAUAUUGAGAUGUAUAGAUAUGGAAUUUUUGGGUGUCUCCUGAUCCUUCUCCCGGGACUGGGUGAAGCAUCGUUACUUGCGUUGAUAGGAGAAUGGUGCGCAUCUCUUGUAUGAUGUUCAUGUGUUUUUCGCUAUUGUUAUUGCUGCUUCUGCUGGUACUAUUACUAAUGCUGUUACUACUACUGUUACUACUACAACUACUACUACUACUACUACAAUCGUUGCUACUACUACUACUACUACCGUUGCUGCUGCUACUAUUACUACUACUAGCACUACUAAAACUACUACUACGUCUCUCUCUCUCUCUCUCUCUCUCUCUCUCUCUCUCUCUCUCUCUCUCUCUCUCUCUCUCUCUCUCUCUCUCUCUCUCUCGUGCUGGUUUUCCCAAGUCUACCCUCAAAAUAUAUAUAAUUGAGGGCGCGUUUUCCUUUAUAUUCUUACCAGUCCGGGUUUUAUAUCGAAAAAAAAAAAAAAAACGGACUGCGUGGUUUAGAUUUAUUACAACUUAUACCGCUGACUCAUCAACCUCCCCCGACACCCCCUUCCCUCUUCCUUCCCUUUCCCUUCAUCUCCCUUCUCCCUCCUUCCCCUACAUUUCAAAGGGACCAAUCUUGAAUUCUAUAUAAUCUGAGAAGCAAUAAACUUUGACCUUA